CGCGCCGCUCUCCCCGGCCUCCCCCGCCCCGCGCAGCCCCGCUCCCUGCGCUGCGGGCAGACCCGGCCGGGCGGCGGAGCUGCGGCUGGCACCGGCAUGGGAACCUUAAGGAAAAGGAGAGAAACCCCGCAACCUGCCCAAGGAUGCAGCACAGCCCCUGAAUCAGCACAUGAGCUGAAGCAGAUUGGUCAUUGUCCCAGCAUCUCACAUCUUACCCAGCUCACAAUGGUGCCCUUGGGGCAUUUAGCCAAAGGGGCCACUUUGGAAGAUCUUCUUGAAACCUGCAUUCAGUCUUUUGAUUUAGAAGGAAAUGCAUAUCAAAACAACCAGCUGCUAAAGAUAAUUCUGGCUAUGCAUCAGUUUAUCAUCUCCUCUGCAGACAUGCUCCAGAAACUCAUUGAUCUCUAUCUUAAUGCUUUAGAAAGUAAAUCUUCCAUGCUGUGUGUAAAGAUAUGCUAUUUUGUGAGGUAUUGGAUUACAGAGUUCUGGGUUAUGUUCAAAAUGGAUUCUAAACUAUCCACAACUAUGGAGGAAUUUCAAGAACUGGUUAAAGCUAAUGGUGAGGAGUUACACUAUCAUCUAAUUGACACAACUCAAAUAAAUUCUAGGGAUUGGUCUAGGAAGUUGACACAGCGUGUAAAGACCAACACCAGUAAGAAACGUAAAGUCUCACUUCUUUUUGAUCACCUUGAGCCGGAGGAGCUAUCAGACCACCUUACCUAUCUUGAAUUUAAGUCUUUCAGAAGAAUAUCAUUCUCAGAUUAUCAGAACUACAUUGUGAAUAGUUGUGUGAAGGAGAAUCCAACAAUGGAAAGAUCAAUUGCUCUUUGCAAUGGUAUCUCUCAGUGGGUGCAGCUGAUGGUUCUCAGCAGACCAACACCACAGCUUCGGGCUGAAGUGUUCAUCAAGUUCAUUCAUGUUGCACAGAAGCUCCACCAGCUGCAGAACUUCAAUACAUUAAUGGCAGUGAUAGGAGGUCUCUGUCACAGCUCAAUUUCCAGACUCAAGGAAACAAGCUCAUGUGUUCCUCAUGAUGUAAUUAAGGUGUUUAAUGAAAUGACGGAACUGCUUUCAUCAUACAGAAAUUAUGAUAGUUACCGACGUGCCUAUAAUGAGUGCAGUAACUUUAAGAUCCCAAUACUUGGGGUCCACCUGAAAGACUUGAUAUCACUUUAUGAGGGCAUGCCAGACUACUUGGAGGACAAAAAAAUUAACAUAUACAAACUGUACUCUCUGUAUAACCACAUAAAUGAGCUGAUACAACUUCAGGAAAUGCCACUUCCCCUGGAGGCUAAUAUGGACCUUGUUCAUUUACUUACACUGUCCCUUGAUCUUUACUACACAGAAGAUGAAAUUUAUGAGCUUUCAUAUGCACGAGAGCCACGAAGUCACCGAGCUGCUCCUUUGACACCUUCCAGACCACCAGUAGUUGCAGACUGGGCCUCAGGAGUAGCCCCAAAACCUGAUCCAAAAACCAUCAGCAAACAUGUUCAGAGGAUGGUAGAUUCUGUCUUCAAAAAUUAUGACCAUGAUCAGGAUGGAUACAUUUCCCAGGAAGAAUUUGAGAAGAUAGCUGCCAGUUUUCCUUUCUCAUUUUGUGUAAUGGCUAAGGACUGGGAAGGUCUGAUUAGCAGGGAUGAAAUAACAGCUUACUUUAUGAGGGCUAGCUCAAUCUAUUCCAAAUUAGGACUUGGCUUUGCUCACAACUUCCAAGAGACCACUUACUUGAGACCUACUUUCUGCGACAACUGUGCUGGAUUUCUAUGGGGAGUCAUUAAACAAGGAUACAGAUGCAAAGACUGUGGAAUGAACUGUCACAAGCAAUGCAAAGACCUGGUUGUAAUAGAGUGCAAGAGAAGACCCAAAACAUCAAUUCCAGACAGCAGCCCAACAUCUGCUCUUGCUUCAAGCCUCUGCCCAGUAGGAGUCAAAGAGCAAUUCCAUGGACAAGAAGAAGGACUGUUUACAUUUCCUAAUGGCGAAGUAGUGGAACACAGUGAAGACAGUAAGGACCGAACCAUUAUGCUCAUGGGUUCCUCAGCUCAGAAAAUCUCAGUGAGACUGAAACCAUCAGUGGUUCACGAGGGUACACAGACUGAUCCUGUACUGCUGGCUGGUGAUGUAUCUCAUAGGCAGAUUGAGAAGAAAGAACAUAAGAUGCCAGAAAAUCCUUAUCUCCAGCUAGCUCCACCAUCCCCAUUUCCAAGCCCAAUUCUAGGCCGCAAAAAGGCAUAUGUUAAAUGGGAAAACAAGGACUCCAGCCAGAAAAAGAAGGAGGAGCAUCAUAGCUGUAAACCCUCAUACCAGGAACUUGAGCAGGAAAGAAAUAUUUUGAAGGCACACAAUGAAGGUUUAAAGAUCCAGCUGGAACAGGCACAUAAAACAAUUGAAUCUCUCACAAUCCACAGAAGAAACCAUGUAGUGGACAACCUACAACACAGAGACUGCUCCUAGCAGACAAGAGAUGAAAUCUCCUAUGGAAGAAUGUAAGAAAGACUGAAGGAAGGGUUGUGAUAAAGCUGCUCUACCAGGUGAACUGGAGAGUCUGAAGGAUGUUAAACAGAGAUAGUCUCUUUACUCGAUACAUUUGAAUAUUAAUCACACACUCCCAAAUGUAUAAAUCCUCUUCUUUGACUUUUUAAGGUAAUUUAGCAUUAUCUGUUCCAUGAAAAUAGUUUCUUCUGGGUUUGUUUUUAAGAGGAGUGACACUGUUGCUGAAGUUUCUGUUCAUGACGACGACGUGGAUUGCCCAGUGACUUGGCUGUCAGCAGCACAUCUUACUCUACAAGUGUUUGGACAAAGUAGACAGAUACUCAGGAGACUGUGUCUCCUCAGAUUUGGCCCAAAUUUAGGUUUGUAGAAACAAACUUUCAAUAAAGUUGAGUAUAUAAGUAAAACUGUAGAAAUAUUCCAUUAAGAGAAACAGUUAUCAUUUUGGCUGAAACCAAUUAAAUCAUGAUAUGAACUGUCAUCUUUAUUUCCAAAGUUUAACAAGAAUAGUAAAAAAAGUAGUUAAGCUAAUGAUAUCGGAUUCUUAGACUUUAAGAUAGACUGACAAGUUUUUUAAACAUCUGUCAGAGCUUUAGAGGUCCCGCUACUUUAAGUAGCUUACCUUUGUUAACGUAAAAUAAAUGAGGCAACAGUGAGUUUAUAUUGAAUAUUGUUUCCACUUUUAUGUUCCAUGCCACGGCUUGGAACACAGCCCUACUUAUUUGGCUUAAGGGAUAACUUGUUGUCUGGUUGUUUUUCUCUCAUGUCUAAGUGGACACUGUUGUUUAGUAUAAGCUCAAGGGUCAUAUUAAGAGGGAAACUGUACAGUAAUCCCAGGGCAACAGUUACUGUAUUCCAGAGCUCCUAAUGUCUUAUGGUUCUAGCAAAGGAUUCUCCAUUUUCGCUUGCCUAGAUUUCAUAUGCACUUUAGGUAAAGAGUCAAGAUGAGUGUACUUUUCUGCGUGUAAAUUUUGUAUAGUAAAAGGUGCGAGGGAGGUAACUUAGUUUUCUUAAAGCUACAAAGUGUACAUAUUGUUAAGAGACAACAAAAUGGUCUUUCAAGUCACUGAUAAAUCUAUUUGUCAGAAUAGCCAGUUUUAAAACUGCAUUUGUGUUUCAAGAGGAUCUGUAUACUUUACACUUGUAUAAAACUUGCUUGUGUUAUCAAACAGGGAUUUGUCAUCACACAUUUAAACAUCAGAAACUUAGGACUUCAAUACAUUUACCUAGUCCACUUAAUGCUCCUCAAAACUUGUAAGUUACAAGUCCAUUAUAGAUUGAAAUUUACUCAACUUAUUACAAUAGCAUGUGUGCUUUGUGUUCAAAGUGGUAUAGAUGUAUGUUCCAUCCACAAUUUGUAGUCCUUAUCAAGUAUAUGAAUGCUUUAUUUAUUAAGAAAAAAGUCCAUUUGAAACUACUUGCCAGUUUAGUGAGUCGAAAUUCUUGUUUUGAACUUGUUUUGUGCCUGCAUCUUCAUGUAUUAGUAAAAACAAAGGGAGGGAACUAGUAGUAGUGGAUUUUCUGUUACUUUACUGUAAAUAAUGGACAUGUGUAAGACAAAAACCAGCAGCUGUGAAAACUGUGCAGCUUUUUUCCUCAUACACUAAACCUGAAUUAUUAACACGGAAUUGCACUUUGAUCAAUGAAGCAAUCAGAAUGGCUUCAAGGUCUCCAGACUUGCUUUGCCCAUUUUCUGUAAGCUUCUUGAUUUUGUUCUCUAUUCAGGGAAACUACAGUAAGGCGUAUUUCAAUAGGCAUUUAGCAAGUACAAGUUUGUUUCUGCAACAAUUAAAAUAAACAACAUAAGAUAGAAGUUGAAUGUAUUUUCAUGUAUUUUGAAAAUACCUCAGAAGAACAGCCAUAAAUCUUGUUGUGCAGCUAACGGACAGCCUGUAGUCUAACCUCUGGAUUCUAAUAGAAUUUGUGUGUAUUUGUAUAUACGUUGUCUGUGCUGAGGGUGGAGAUCAUGAACAAAAUCUCUUAUUUAAAAAGAUAUUUCCCAAACAUCAGCCCCUGGCCCAAAGGCUACUGUGUUAAUACAGAAAAUCAAGUUAUGACCAUAGAUUUGUACAGUCUUAAACGCUAACUUAAAUGUUCUGCUGUGCUGUCAUCUUGUUCCUACAAACAAACAAUGCGAACAACUUAAAAGGGAUCUGUUUGCAGAAGUGUCCUACAGAACACAUACAUGGUGCUUCAUGUAUGCUGAAGACUUCCUGCUUCAAAGAGGUCAGUUGAUACCUGAAGAACGUCAGAGCUCUCAAAGAUCCUUCAGGUUCCUUGUUUGCCCAAAGCCACUUACUAUAGUUUUCUUCCUCCCUCUUUUUUUUCUUUUAACUUCUUUUCUUAGUGGUAGUCCCUUCUUUCUUUUGGGACUUUCUGCUGCAUGAAGGAGUAAUAGCAGAAACUGAAUGCAGGGAUACUGCUAAAACUGACAAAGCUAUGAACAAAACUCACAUCUGUAUUAAUUUUCAAGUUGCUUUAUGCUAGGAAAAAAGAUAAAGUAUUAAGUGCUGUUUAAAAGUCAUGUUAGCAAACACUGGUAUUGACAUUUAUCUUGUCAUGGCUAAUUUAAAUGAGAAGCACCUUUAUCCCUCCAGGCUCAGCUCUGUUUCAUGUACAUACAGGAAGAAAGGAAAUGCAAGUGACCUCCCCUCCAACUACUGUUUAUUUUUAAAUAAAGUGUGAAUUCUGAUGGUUUAAAGUUAAAUAGAGUAACAUCACAAUUAAGAAAAGCAGAGCUACCGUUCAUAUUCAGAUUAAACACAGCUGCCUUUAAAGUAGCUUACAUAACUUUUUUUGAAAUAUGUUUUUGUUACAGUAGCAAUCUGUUAUUUUGAUGUAACUGAUCUCUGUGGCAACUUGAAAACAUACUGGUUUAAUGUUGAGAAGAUUGAAAAAGUGUAUAGAUUGUAAGGAUUUUAUAUAAAUUGUUAAGAUUUCAGUUUAAUAUUUAUAAUAGAAAAAAUACUAAGAUUGCA